AUGUGUUGUAUCCAUGAAGUGAAUAUGUGUAUAGCAACUAUUCCAGUGAAUAACAUUGAAGGUUCGUGAAAGUUAAAUGCACUUUGUGAAUCAGAUUUCUAGUUGAACAUCGAGUAAAAGCUAAUGAUCAAAUUACAUGAGAACAUCACCGAGUUAGGUGAUCAAUUUAAUCUCAAUGACAAAGUUUCUUGGGAAUCGUUGUGAAGUUUAGAAUUUGAUACAUUUAAAGUUGAAUCCACCACUGUAACAACAAUCGCUGAAACUACGACUUCAAAAAUCUCCACGGAAUCAACAACAACUUCUGCAACAGCAGUACUUACAUUUAAAUGUGAGGAUGGAUGGAUUCCUGUUCAAAGAAAAUCUGGCGGAUGGUGUGCGAGAUUCGUAUUGUUAGAUGACUUAGAAUUCGAUUGUGUAUCUCCAACAGGUAUUUUGUUUCAUAUUUUCUUUGUAGUGUAAAUGUGCUUUGAUAUAGGUGAGGAUCUUUACUCUUCGAUCGAAACUGUGGAAGAGUUGGAAAUUUACUUGAAUGAGAUGAGAAAGACCGGUGUCACGUAUGUGGUGACCGACGUAUAUACGGAUGACGAUUGCUGGUGUGAUGCUGAUGAAAGUUGUCCGAUAACCACUGAAUGUAAACCACCAGAGAUUUGGUUGGAUAGCGGACGUAUUCCACAAGAGCUGAUUAGUAGAAUUGAGCUUUUUUAUCAGGAUACAAAUAGCUUUGGUUAUGUGCUUUCGAUAACAACAGAGAAUCAGCUUGGACUUACUGAUGAGACUGCUGUCUUUUUAACCAGUCCUUUUUUGUGUGGGAAACCCGCGACUUCAUUGUAA